CUGGUCUCUGUGCAAAUCCUGAGUGCUAAAAGAUCCAACAAAACUGUUGCUAGUUCGUGUCACCAUGAAGAUGCUACGUUAUGCCAAGCGUUUUCAGUGCAUACCAAUUUCUGGUUCUGUGAGGGCACUGCAUAAAGAUAAUAGAACAGCAACCCCUCAGAAUUUCUUCAAUUAUGAAUCCAUGAAACAGGACUUCAAACUGGAGAUUCCAGAGUAUUUCAACUUUGCUAAUGAUGUCCUGGACCAAUGGACUGAUAUGGAAAAGGCUGGAAAGAAACAUUCAAAUCCAGCCUUCUGGUGGAUCAAUGGAAAAGGAAAAGAGGUGAAAUGGAGUUUUGAGGAACUGGGAUCUCUGUCCAGAAAACUUGCCAAUGUACUUUCAGAAGCCUGUACCCUACAAAGAGGAGAUCGAGUAAUUUUGAUUCUGCCCAGGGUCCCAGAGUGGUGGCUUACAAAUGUGGCCUGUCUGCGAACAGGGACAGUUUUAAUUCCAGGAACCACUCAGCUGACCCAGAAAGACAUUCUCUACAGACUACAAUCUUCAAAAGCAAAGUGCAUUAUCACCAAUGAUAUUUUAGCCCCAGCAAUAGAUGCUAUUGCACCCAAAUGUGAAAAUCUGCACUCCAAGCUGAUUGUGUCACAGAACUCCAGAGAGGGAUGGGGGAACCUCAAGGAGAUGAUGAAACAUGCCAGUGACAGCCACACCUGUGUGAAGACGAAACACAAUGAGAUGAUGGCCAUUUUCUUUACUAGUGGAACAACUGGAUCUCCGAAAAUGACUGGACACACCCACAGCAGUUUCGGUUUAGGAUUAUCUGUAAAUGGAAGGUUCUGGCUAGAUUUGACACCCUCAGACGUGAUGUGGAAUACCUCGGAUACGGGCUGGGCAAAGUCUGCAUGGAGUAGUGUUUUUUCUCCAUGGAUCCAGGGAGCAUGUGUAUUCGCACAUUAUUUACCCCGUUUUGAGCCAACUUCUAUUUUUCAAACACUCUCCAAGUACCCCAUCACAGUCUUUUGUUCAGCACCAACUGCAUACCGAAUGCUUGUACAGAAUGAUAUGACCAGCUAUAAGUUUAAAAGCUUAAAGCACUGUGUGAGUGCUGGGGAACCAAUUACUAAUGAUGUGACUGAACAAUGGAGAAACAAGACGGGCCUGGAUAUUUAUGAAGGAUAUGGACAGACUGAAACGGUGCUAAUCUGUGGAAAUUUUAAGGGAAUGAAAAUUAAACCUGGCUCAAUGGGAAAACCUUCUCCUGCUUUUGAUGUUAAGAUUGUAGAUGGAAAUGGCAAUGUUCUACCUCCUGGACAAGAAGGGGAUAUUGGCAUUCGAGUUCUACCUAACCGACCAUUUGGCCUUUUUACUCAUUAUGUAGAUAAUCCUUCAAAAACAGCUUCAACUCUACGAGGCAAUUUCUAUAUUACUGGGGACAAAGGGUAUAUGGAUGAAGACGGAUAUUUCUGGUUUGUUGCAAGAUCAGAUGAUAUCAUAUUAUCCUCUGGUUAUCGAAUUGGACCAUUUGAGGUAGAAAGUGCCCUGAAUGAACACCCUUCAGUUGCAGAGUCAGCUGUUGUCAACAGCCCAGACCCCAUCAGAGGAGAGGUAGUAAAGGCUUUUAUUGUUCUGAACCCUGAUUACAAGUCACAUGAUCAAGAACAACUAAUAAAGGAGAUUCAGGAGCAUGUUAAAAAAACUACAGCACCUUACAAAUAUCCCAGAAAGGUAGAAUUUAUUCAAGAGCUGCCAAAGACUAUCAGUGGAAAGACAAAAAGAAAUGAACUGAGGAAGAAAGAAUGGAAAACAAUUUAAAUGUGUUUCAUUAGCUACCAUAUCUAUAAAACAAACAUAUUAUCUGUCAAUCUCUAGAAACCACAAGAUGGUGGAGAGGUGAUAAAAACUGUGGUAGUAUGCUCAGAAACUGUUGAUUUAAAAUAUCUUGUGGUUAUGAUAUCAGAGACUAAAUUUUGAAAUAAAAUGUUUGGUAAAUUCUUC